UUACCUAACACCGUAAGAUAUAGGAAUUAGAAAAUCAUAGUUUGUGGCAAAGACUCAAUUCCUUUCACGUGUAAAAUUAAGGGAGAGUGCGGGUCAAACAAAUUCAUGUAUUACUUCUGGGCAAGUAAAGUGGUGUUACCCUCAACCUUGGGUUUCACGAUGAAAUUAAACGUUCUCCUAGUCCUAGUUAUCAUACAAGGUAGCAGGAGCUGGUGGCUUUGGGGAGAGGAGGAGAACGAGGAAACAGCUCCGGUCUUGGACCUAGAACUGGAGUCUUCACCGUCCCAGGACUCCUCUGAAUUUUCAGCUCCAGGUCCCUCUCAAACCUUUGACUCUUCUCCUGGUCUAGAAACAGCUCUGAAUUUCGACAAGACGAAUGUUUUCGAGAUUAUUGAAACAGAGGAAGAAAAAACUAUCAACUUUUCCAACCCAGAUUCCAUGGUUAAUAUUGAACUGAAGAAUGAAGAGAAAUUAGCGGACGAAUAUAGAAUUCAAGAAGAACAGUUAACUACUCCUGGGCAGUUUGUAUCACAUGAGGAAAUCAGUCCUGAUCACUUUGAUGUUCAUGGAGAACAUAACUCAGAAUAUGAUCAUCAGGUUUAAGUAUUCCAUUCAUUGCAAACUUUCUAGCAAUAAUGUGUUACUUUAAAAGAAAUCUAAAAAUAUAUUGAAAGUUGGAUGGAUUUUUAAUUAAAUAAAAGUUUAGUUUUUUCCAAACAUUGAAAGUUAUUUUUGCUACACGGAUAACCACAAAGCAUGAGACUGUGAGAUUACCUGAAACUCAUUUCAUAAGAAGAGCCUUCAAGGUUAAAUUAAGUCUUUUGUCUAACAUCUUGUAACAAAGAAGUUUACGUAGGAAUCGUGAAUAUAAGGAAACACUAUAAAUUCCGUACAGUCGUGGUUGAAGUCUCAUUAUUUGUGGGUAACCCUGUAUUUCAGCUUAUUUGACUGAAGUCAGCUAAAUUGACAGCUGCCUUAAAGGGAUCAAUCACAGAGUGGCCAAAUUUUAGAAGCAACCGAAGGAAUUGAGUCUUUGCCACAAACUCAAAUUUU